AGUAAUAAUAAUAAUAAUAAUAAUAAAAAUAAUAAUUUUCAAGAGAGUGGUAUUUUCCCACAAUCAUUUGUAAUUAUUUUACCCGAACAUAAAAUGUCAAACUCAUCAAUUAUUAAUGAAAUUACAUCAACUAUUGUAGAGUGGGCAACAUUGUUAAAGAUUUAUUCAAAUAAUAAAUUAUAUAAUGAAUUUAAAAUAUUAUCAUCAAAAAUUUCCCAAUUGGUACAAUUCAGAAAUCAAUUACUUCAGUUUAAAACCCCUAAAGACAUUACAUUUGAUCUUAGAGAUAGGAUUUUAGCAAUUAUAGAUGAAGGUAGAAGAGAAACAGGUAUGUCAAUAGUAUUAAGAAAAGAAAUUUCUAAUCCAUAUAGCAUUACCGAUGCCGAGAAUACUGGUGUUUUUACUUUAUGUACAAUGUAUCAAGAAAAAAAAUUAGAAUAUAAUAGCUUUAGAGAUUCAUAUGAAUUUGAAUCAAUUGAAAGUAAUAGUAAUAACAAUAGUAAUAAUUUAAAUAGUUUAAAUAGUCUGAAUUCUAGCAAUGGUCAGAUUAAUAGCCCAUCAAAUAGUUCAAUCAAUAAUAUAAAUAAUAUCAAUAGUUCAAAUCAUAAUAUAGGGUUACCAUCUUCAUAUUCGACAAAUAAUUUAUUAAAUGGAACCAAUGUAGCAUUAUCACAAUCACCAAACUCAUCCCCCUCGACAUUAGCACAACAACAAUCACCAAACUCCUCCUCUGUUGGCCAAUCACCAAUUUCCAGUGGCCAAUCCUCACCAACCAAUUCAAGUACAAAUUUACCAUCUUCGCCACAACAUAGCAGUAAUAUUCUAUCAUCAAUGGGUAAUAGCUCUCCACUUUCAAACUCAACUAAAGAUUUAAAUCAAUUCUCUUCAUCUCCAGGUGGCGGAUCUUUCCUUUCAUCUAAAUUAAUUAAACAAGGUAGUUCUAAAAAUUUCCUCUCAAAUGUUUUAAAAAAAGGUUCUUCAUCAUCAUUAUCAAUGAGUGGUGGUAUGGCUCCACCAAGUACACACUUAAACUCAAGUAAUAAUGUUUCAACUAAAUUUUCUUCCCAAGUUUUAAUAUCAUUAAAUAAUUUUUUAUAUUCAUCUGGUGAUUAUAUAGAUAUAGUUUUAUCAAUUUAUUGCAAAAAUGAAAAUAAAUUUAUUUCUGAAAGUUAUUGUGGUAUAGUCCCACCAAGCGGUAUUUUUGUUGAACCAGAAAACCCCAAUGAAAGAAUUAGAACUAUAUUUAGAGAUUUAGAACAAAAAGAAUUAAAUUCAGAUUUAUAUUUAGUUGCCAAAUUAUAUAGAAAAACCAAUUCACUUUCAUCAAAAGACCCAAAUUCUUCACCAACUCUUACACGUAAUAAAUUUAGAAAGUUUGUUGGUUGUGGUGUAAAGAAAUUAGAUCUCUCAAAUGAAGGUGUUAGUGAAUUAAUGAUCACUCUUAACACCACAUCAAAUGAAAAUAGUUUUUAUAAUCUCCACGAAACUAUUAUUAACGAACAAACUGCUCUCUAUGAACCAAUUACUAGAGCCAAAGGUGUCGUAUUUACAAUUCAACACUUUGUUGGUGACUAUCAACAAUUCCUUCAAGAAUAUCCAGACUAUAGAAGCGUUACAACAAGCUUAAAACUUCAACUACCUGAAGUUGUAUUACCAGGAAGCGAAAGAAAUGAUAUGUAUAUCCAAAUUGAGGAAGGUGAUUUCUCUGAUAAAAAUAUUGAAGUACAAGUUCAAGUUAGAGCUGAAAGUGGUCAAAUUGUACACGACGCUAUCAAAUUUGCAAAUGGUCAAGUUUCAACCUCUGAUUUUAAAACACCACUAAUUCCCUCCGCUUUAUGUAAAUGGCAUGAAAUUAUUAAAGUUUGGGUCGCUGCAAAAACAUUUGAAAAGAGUCACCUUUUCUUUUUAUUUAGACAGUGCUCUGAAAAGAAAGAUAAGGAAAGAACAACAAUUGGUUUUGGUUAUCUUCGUUUCAUUUCUGAUGAAGGUGCUAUUGUUAAAGAUGGUCAAUAUACUAUUAACAUUUAUAAAUGUUCAACUGACGACAUUCCAGUAUCAACCUAUAUCAAUGGUGUUAUCGAAAGCGACAAAUCUAGCAAAUCACAAAAGAAAUUAGAUACUCUUAAAAUUAGAACUACUUUUGUCUCAACCUGUCUCACUCAAAAUCCAUCAGUUGUCAAUCUUUCACAUUGGGCCUCAUACUCUGGUGAUCUUAGCUCAUUAAUUAAAGAUAUUACUUUUUUAGGUGCACAAGAAUUAGUUCGUAAUCUUCAAGAAAUCUUCUAUAACUUCCUCUCCAUUUUAGAUCAACAAUUAAAUGAUUCACCAUUAUCAAUGGACAUCUUUAGAUCGAUAGUUUUCAUUAUUGGUGUUUUGGUAGAUUCAAGAACAUGUAACUAUCGUCCAGCAUUGGAUCUUUAUGCCUCAAAAUUCUUUGGUACUCCUUUAAGUAGCUCCAAUAAACAUGGAUCAUUAACAGGUAUUACAGCACACACCCAUCUUUUACGUUCAGUCGUUAAAAACCUUGAAAAUUUCCAAGAUCCAGCAAAUGCCUCUCGUAUUAGUUCAUCAUUAAAAGCAUUAGAAUAUAUUUUCAAAUUUGUAGUUGCCUCAAAAACCAAAUUCACAAACAAAGAAACCAUUGGAAACGAAUCAUAUCAAACCAAUUUAAAGAGUGUAGUUGAUAUUCUUUGUGAAAUUAUGUUAAGUGACAUCCCAUCAUUAAUUGGUGCCAAAACCAUUGCUUUAAAGAAUUUCGAAAGUAUGUUUUCAGAUUUAAAACAAUUUUUCACCGUUGAAGAAAUGGGUAUUAUCGCUUUGAAGUUUAUGAAAUCAAUCCAACCAGACGAUAAAAAGAAAACAUUCAACAUCUUAAAACUCAAAUUACUUUCAUCAUAUAUCAAUGGUCCAAUGAUGUUAUGUAAAGAAACUAGAAAACAUUUAUUACCUUUAGUUUUCCAAUUACUUCAUUUCCAUUUUGGUAAAUCUAGCGAGGAAACCGAUAUGUGCUUAAUGAUACUUGGUCUUAUCGUAGAUAUUAUGAUCACCAAUUUGAAACGUCGAAGCUCUAGCUCGGUUUCAUUAACACUUAAUGCUGCCACAAGUGCAUCAUUAGCUGCAAUGGUACCAACUAUGAACGAAGAAAGCCAAAAUAAUCUUAGAAUUAAAAUAUAUGCCUUUAUUUUAGGUACUGCCCGUUUAUCAGGUGUUCAACAUUGGGAAAUGUUAAACAAGUCUGUCACACCAACCUACAAAAACUUUUUCAUCGAUCUCUAUGAUAGUUUGCAACUAUUAUUUGAAUCACCAAAAUUCCCAUCAGAUUUUUGGACAUUUACAGCAUUCCAAUUGAAAACUAUUCUUAGAAUGACCAGAAUUCUCGAAGAUGUAAUUUUCUAUCUUCCAAGUGCUAGCAAUAAUGAUGGUAAUAGUGGUAGUAGCCAAUUCGAAUUUCCUCAAUGGAGAGCAUUCUUUUUAUUAACCAGCUCAUAUUUAAAUUGUAAAGAUCUUCAUUUCGAAUCAGUCAAUCCAGCUAAAGCAGUUUUCAUUAAAACUAGAUGUGGUGAUGUUAGAAUUGAAAUGGCAAGAGUUUUCGAAAGAGUAUGGGCCACUGUACCAGUUAAAGAGAGAUCAUCAUUUAUUUCAGUUUUAAUUAAUCCAAUCGUCAAACUUUCAAUUAGUGAUACAUUGGACGCUAAACGUGUUGCUACAAAGAUUUUUUACGAUAUGUUAGAAAGUGAAAUUAUUCAAACCGAAUCAUAUACAGAACUCUUCUAUCAUACUAUGGACUCACUUUUAGAAAUUUGCACAGAAAAACCCAAUAGAAAGGGUUGGCCAAUUGUAUCAAGAGCCGACGGUAAAUUACCAUUUACAAUGAGAUCAUUCUCUACUUUCUUCAAUACUCAAUGUAUGUCUUUAGUUUUAAGUAAAUCGACAGAUGCUAUCAAAAAGAAAGCUGAACAAUUUAUCAAUGAUAUCAACCAUUUCCUCAUUUUAGUCACCAACUUUAUGAGUGAUGUUAAGAAUAACGACGAAGAAGAAAUCUUUUCAAGCGUUAGCAAAUUAAUCAACUACUUACUUGAACAUAAAAGAAUCAAUCAUUUCAUUAGAUAUGUUCAUAUGACAAGCAGAAGACACUAUGAAUUGGGUAACUAUGUUGAAGCCGCCGUUACUUUAAUGCUUCAUGCAUCUCUUUACAAUUGGGACCAUAAUAAGGUUGUUGGUGCAACACAAAACGAAUAUGGUCAUUUCGUUGAACAAAAAGAAUCAGAAAGAAAAGAAUAUCUUUAUAAAGAAGUUUUAUUAUGUUAUAAUAAUGGAAAAGCUUGGGACAGGGCUAUUCCAUUACUCAAAGAACUCAUUCACCAUUUUACAAAGAAUAUUUGCGAAAUGAAUUCUGCUGCCACAUAUCUUCGUCAACAAAGCACCUUCUAUCAAAAAAUUAAUGAAUCACAAGAUCCAAUUUUUGAAGAUUACUUUAGAGUAGGCUAUUAUGGAAAGAAAUUCCCACUUUCAAUUCAAAACAAAGAGUUUAUUUAUAAAGGUAAUCAAUUUGAUAGAUUAUCAGAUUUCAUUUCAAAAAUUCAAGAUAAAUGGCCAAAAGCUGAACUUUUAAAGACUACCGAAGUUCCAGCCCAAUCAAUUCAAGAUAGUGAUGGUCAAUAUCUUUUAAUAACAUCAGUCAAUGUUUCGAAUGCCAACGAAAUCGAAAAACGUCACAGUGGUUUCUUGGAUUUAUUCUCAAAUAAAAAACGUGUUCCACAUCGUGUUCAACAAUUCAACGCUAGAAAUAAAGUUAAUGUAUUUGUUUAUAGCAAACCAUUCAAAAAGAAUAGUGGUACAAAAUCUCAAAACGAAUUCGAAGAUCUCUGGGUAAUGAACCUCUAUUUCAUUUGUGAAAACUCAUUCCCAUGUACCGAACGUCGUUGUUUAAUUACUGAACGUAAACAAGUCGAGCUUAGUCCAAUUGAAAACGCACUCAACUCAAUCAUUCAAAAGAAUGAAGAACUCUUGGCUAAAAUCGAUAAACAUCAAGCUAGUCCACAAGAAAGUAUUUCACCAUUAACAAUGUUAUUAAAUGGUAUUAUUGAUGCCUCUGUAAAUGGUGGUGUUAGUCGUUAUGAAACUUUCCUUAGCGAAGAUUAUCUCAAGCAACAUCCAGAAUAUAAAGAAAUUGCUGAUCUUUUAAAAGCCUCAUUAGAACAACAAUUAGCUGUUACUGAACAAGGUCUUCGUUUACAUGCCACUUUAAGACCACCCGAAAUGGCUGCUAUGCACGAUAAAUUGGAAUCUUUCUUUAUAACAAUGAAAAACGCAAGACAAAGGCUAUAAAUAAACCAACAACAAUAAUAAUAAAUCAAUAAUAAUAAUAAUUAAUAAAACUAAUAAAUUAUUUUAAAUAGCGUUUUUGUAAAAUUAUCACAAUAAAAAAAAAAUAAUAAAAAAUUCAUAUUAUUUAUUUAU